AAAAAAAGACUUUUAUUUUGGCAUGGCGGUGUGACGUCAUCAGGCUGCGCCGCUCCUUCACUGUGAUUCAACUGGAGAAAGGAUAAAGUGUCCAAACACAGAGCAAAACUCCUGCUGAAGCGACUGAUCUCCACACUGUUAUAAAGAUGGCGUUUAUUAAAGAGGAGAGUGAAGAUGUGAAGAUUGAAGAAACAUUCAGAGUCAAACAGGAAGAUUUGCAGGAACAAACAGACCUAAUUGAAGAGAAUGAGGGGAGUAAAGAGGAGGAACAUCAUGUCAAAAUUGAGGAAAACACUCUUUUACAGACUGAUGGUAUUUUGAAAAGGAGAGACAAGAGUCAUUUCACCUGCACUCAGUGUGGAAAGAGUUUUGGAAGAAAAGAAACUCUUAAAAUUCACAUGAGGAUCCACUCUGGAGAGAAACCAUUCACAUGCACUCAAUGUGGGAAGAGUUUCAACCAAUCAUCAAACUUUAAUCUACACAUGAGGAUCCACACUGGAGAGAAACCAUUCACAUGCACUCAGUGUGGGAAGAGUUUCUGCCAAUCAUCAAACCUUAAUCAACACAUGAGGAGCCACACUGGAGAGAAACCCUUCACUUGCACUCAGUGUGGGAAGAAUUUUAACUGCUCCUCACACCAUAAUAAACACAUGAGGAUCCACACUGGAGAGAAACCAUUUGCAUGCACUCAAUGUGGGAGGAGUUUCAGCCAAUCAUCAACCCUUAAUAAACACAUGAGGAUCCACACUGGAGAAAAACCAUUCACUUGCACGUAAGCCGCGGUCACACUGGAUUUUUCUCCCCAUAGACUUACAUUCAUACGCGCGUGAAUGCAUCAGACCGGAAACGCAAGUUUGUGCGUCAAGUUUCGCAGUUCACUGCCUUACAAAGUUCAAGCUUGGUGAACUCUGACCUACGAAAUCGCAUCACUUGACUGUGUGAGACCAAUCGAAGAUCAAAACAUGACCUCUCUGGACAGAAAUUUAAAAUAUGGACCAAUCGCUCACUUUUUUAAUGUCUAAUCAUCUUGUUUAAUCCCGCCACUUUUUGCUGUGCCGUACAAUAGAAUUUUGCAAAGAAGAGGUUUCAGACUGGAGAGAAAACCGUACAGAUCUGAUCAGUGUCUACAGAGUUUCGCUCAUUCGGCGCAGCUUAAGAAACACAUGAACACAAAAGUUGCCACAUGACAUGAAUGCAGCAAAGAUUUUCUCAUGUUCACAGGAUGUUUCAUGUCUGAAUAAUGUUUGAAAAGGCUGAGUGAUGGUAUACAGUUUUCCAACACUCCUACACUGCAGUAGGUGGGGUUGUAAAUGUGUUGCGCUCCUCACGUUUACCGUAAACAAUGAUGGCAGCUGAGAGAAAAACAGUUUCAGAAACAUCUGGCAAACAGCACCUCUGCGGCUUAAAAUCUCUUUGCAUGUAAUUGUACAGGUGUGGAUGCAUCUGUACUCUACUCUCCAGUUUAAUCAUGUAGUUGUUUUGGAUGAUGUUCUCUGUUACGUCCUACACUAGUCUAGGGGAAAUACAAUGAACGCAACAAUAUUAGUUUAAAGAGCACUAAACUGGGACCAGUCACAACAAAGCAAUGAUUAAAGUUCCAAAAAUGUAUUUACAAAAAAAAAAAAUCAAAGUCACACACAAUGUAGUGUUAAGGAAGCUCUAGCUUCAGGAGGGGAAUAAAGCCAAAAUAACAAACAAAAACAGGGUUCUGUCUGGAAGUAAAACCUCUAAAUAAGCUACAAGAAAAUAAUGAUGAAAAUUAACAGCAAAACUACACUGACUCCCUGACUGACCUCAAAACAGGAGAAAGAUUUCAACAAAAAAGGCCGACCACCUCCUUACUGCUUCCUGGGGGGGAAAAGCAAAAGAAAGAAAUCAAAGUUUAAAUCGUGAUACUGCUCUAAGCCACAACAGAGAACAAGUACCAAUUGUCAACAAGUAAGAUUUUAAAUCACCACAAUUCAACUUUCACAACAGCUUUAUUUAACUGAAACCCAGCUAGUGCUCUGGAGAAAGGUUCCUCUCUAGCUCCUUUCUCAUCAUCCAAGUGUUUGGCCUGUGUUUUUAUCCCCUCUCACUCCUUCAUGUUAAGUGAACACAGCUGUGGGAAGCCGUGUGGGCAGCUCCUUCACCACAACAAUCACAUCAACUGCAUUACUGCUGCUGCCGCUGCACUGAUCCAUCUUUAAAUCUCACAUACCAUUCCUCAUGAAAAAAAAACGCAGAUUCUUGAACUCCAUUUGGGGUAAGGACUCUCCUCCAAACUUGAGAUGGCCACCUUUUUCCAGUCAAGCACCAUGGUUUCUGAUUUAGAGGUGCUGUUUCUUUCCCUGCCAUGUCACACUCAGCAGCAGACCAUCCAUGCUGAAGGUCCAUGUCCUAUGAAUCCAAAAGGACAACGUUAUCUGCAAAUGGCAGAGACAGUCCUAGCCUGCACCUAAAAUUCUGUCAGUAAAAUUAUAAUAUUUUUGAGA